GCCCGCUUUGUUGCGUGACGUAUUUUCUAUAAGGGUAGCUGCGCAGUGUACGACAGUCACAAUCGAUUUCGAAUCGGACUGAGUGAACGACGACUUGACACACUAUUUACCAAAAUGUAUUGCUCUAAGCCUAGUGAUCAGGAAACCGGUAUGUCGUAUCAGAUACGAAUCGACAAACUGAAGCUGCCGCUGUAUGUUGGCUACGUGCUAUUACCAGCCAGUAUCAUUAACGUUAUACUCGGUAUCGUUGUGCUGGUAUUUUUGAACAACUACUCGUACCCGCUACCGAGUGGCUACCAGAUAUGGACAGGCAUACUAGGAAUCGUGAUUUCAGUGUUCGGCAUACAGGUUGGAACGACAUCGAACGAUAUGAGACAAGAUAUGACCCCAGACUUCAGAAAGAAUUUUUUUGCAUUCUUCUGGUCAUGUAACUGUGUCAACUGGGUUGCCACUCAAGGGUUCGGAAUCGCUAUCGCCUGUACGGUCAUCUGUGCAGUGAACGGCUGCUCGGAGAAAAACGAUCUUCUCAUCGCGUUAAAUGCCAUCUCCAUAGGUCUGACAUUUAUCAUAUGUUUCGGGGGCUGGGUCGGGCAGUUCUACUUCUAUAAGUUUAGGAAGACGUACGGAAUUCUCUAUGACAAGGAAAUAAGGCAACUUGCCAGCAUCGCCAAAUAAUGCUUACGAUAGAUAUUACAGAGCCAACCGACAGAGAAAUACCAUGAUGACAUGUGAUGGUCCGAUCUGUUAGUUAUACUGUCCUGUUAGCUGUACUUCAUUACAGUGUUAAGUCUGGAAUCUAGACAAUACCACUUAGGAACGAUACGUUAAUGCCAGUAGACUUGAUUUGAAACGGACUUGGAAGUGGCAGGUAUUUUCCUACAAUCUAAUAACACUCAUCAACCAGGAACAACCAACCUCCCAGUCAAUCUCAACAACACGGGGUAGACAACGCGGACAUCGUUCGCUAUCUUUGUUCACUUAUCAUUACCAUCCGGGUACCUAACGGGCGGGAGCAAGUAGAAGCCGAUUUCGUUGUAGGAACAUUGUAAACGUCCAAUGAAACAGAUUAUUAUCUAAAUCUGAUUUGUACACGUGACAGGUAAACGUGUGCAUUAAGUGCUGUAGUGAACAAAGAUAGCGUAGCUGUGUUUAGCAUGAGUGAUAUACAUGCUAUAAAUAGUUACACAUUGUAUUAAUAUAUUAGCAGGAGUGAUAUACAUGUUAUAAAUAGUUACUCAUUGUUUAAUGAAUUGCGACCUAUAUAGUCGAUUGAUAUUUUUCUUUCUAAAAAUGUCCGUGUCAUUUUUUUCCAUUCAUCAUUAAACUUCAUUAUAUAAUCCGCAUUUUGAACGAACGAACGUUUGGGUGCUAUAAUACGGUAAGUCUAAAGGUAAAUGUGUCGGCAUUGAUUGAUGAGCUGUUCAUUUCUAUCAACAACAAAUAUUGCUUGAUUUAACUAUUUUUAAAUAGACCUAUUUAUCUGUUUUUAUAAAAAGUUAUAAUUUCGUUGUUGAAAGAGGACGACAUUAGCAAUGCAUCAAUACACAUUAUAGAAAUACUCUUUCAUGUUGUUGCUACAUGUAUGUUAUUUUUUAAAGAUUUCUGGAAAACAAUUAGGAAAAAUGUUGUUUUAUCAUUUAUUGUUAUAGCAAGUUCUUUUAUCUGAUAUUCUCUACUUUACAUGUUAACUACCUCCAUGGCGGAAAUAAAUGUUUCCAACAUUAUCACUGACAAAUACAUAAAGAUUUUUUUACCCAGUUGUAUAUAUUUCAUAUAAUGUCAUUCCCUAAAAUGUAAAAAGGAUACGAAUACUGUAUUAAACCUAUGAAUACAACAUAUGUACAAUUUAUUUCAGACAAUU